AUGUCCGAUCAAAUCAAGCUAGACAGUCAAACCUUUUUCGAAAAGGUCCAAAAGAUACUCCAAACAUGGAAUUAGGUCCAUGAUUCCAAAGAUGCACUUCUUUUUGUUUUAGGCAAGAUCGGAGACGGAUCAAAGAGGCCUCUUACCUCAGACUUCUUCAUUUGGCUACUUAAUUAUGAGUUCCCUGAGACUAUUCUUCUCAUCACAAAAGAAAAAAUUGUUUUUGCGGUAUCCCCAAAAAAGAAGCAAAUUUUGGACUAGAUGAGGUAGCCUGAAGACUACAAAGGACCCUCACUUGAGAUCUUAGUGAGAGAUCCAAAGUAGGAUAACACAUCUGAAGUCAUAAAACAACUUCUAUCGCACAUCAAGGCUUCACCAGCCAAAGUAGGAGUUUUCCUAAAGGAUUAGGAAGAUGGAGAGAUUACCUAGUAAGUACUUUAAGCUCUUGAAGACAAGGGCAUGAUGAAGCAAGAACUCAAGGAUUUCAUCGAUAAAGUGAACAUGGUCAAAAUUAAGCCUGAAGUUGACAAUAUGAGGAUUGCAGCUAAAUUUGUAAAGUGGACUUUUGACAACCUUGUCAAUGAGAUUGAGGAUAUUAUUGAGAUUGAGAAGCAAGUAAAGCAUGAGACCAUUUCUAAAAAGGUUGAGAACAUGCUCGAGGAUGAGAAAAAGCUUGAUAAAUUCCUCAAAGCUAAUCCAGGUGUGGAGUCUACUUUCCUUGAGUACCCUUUGUCAGUGUUGGUCCAGAGUGGAGACAAUUUCACUUUAAACAAGCUUAAUGUUUAAAGUGAUAGUAACAAACUCAAUCAUGAGACCAUUUAUUUGAAUGUUUGUGGCAAGUAUUAGGACAUGAAUGUAAUGGCAGGCAGAACUCUUAUUGUAAAUCCCUAAGAUGACUAGAAGAAAGCGUAUAAUAUCGCAUUCGAAGCCUUAGAUGUAGUCAUUAAAAAUUUGAUUGUAGGACAACCUAUAAAGAAUGCCUAUUCAGAGGCAAAGAAGUUUAUUAAGGAAAAAGAUUCUAAUCUCGCAUCUAGAUUACAUACCAAUCUUGGUUUUGGAAUUGGCUGGUACAUUAAGGAAGACUUGCUUCUGAUCAACGAGACUAAUGAGACACUUGUAAGAAAUAACAUGGCAUUCCAUGUCAAAAUUACACUCACAGAAGUCAACAAGAAACCAUCAAGGUCUAUUAUAGCUAUUGGUGAGACUGUUCUGAUUGAUUCUGAGGAUGUAAGCUUACAAUACCUAAAAUAUUUUUCACAGUAAGAUGACGAAGAUGUAAAAAUGAAGGAUGAUAACAAGAAUGAUAAGCCAUCGAAGGAUGACAUUCUGAGAAACGCCAAAACAGACUUAUUUACUUCCUCCAGAUUAAGAACUAAGAAUGUAGACCAGCACAAUAAUGAGGAAUAACGUAAGAAAUCCUAGGAAUACCUUAUUGCUAAGAAAUUGGAGGAACUUAAGAAGAGAUAUGAGAACGGUGAGAUAGUUCAAACUUCAAAAAAAGAAAAGGUCAAAAAGAUGGGCUAGAUAUAAUCUUAUCAGAAUGAAAAGUAAUUCCCUAGAGAUAUCAAGCCAGGCCUUCUUUACGUCGACAAAGCUCAUGACAGUAUCCUUGUACCUGUUAACCAAAACUCGUUUGUUCCUUUCCACGUUGCUACUAUUAAGAAUGUCUCAACUACACAAGAAGGUUAGUGGACUUUCUUAAGAUUAAAUUUCCACAUUCCAGGUGGAUCAACCCUACAAUUCCCAGCUUAAAAUGAGCCACAAUCUUUGUUUGUAAAAGAGCUAACUUUGAAAAAUCUCUCAAGAGGUGGAGAAAAUCAUCUCAAUAAUGCUUUCAAGCAAAUUAAGGAUCUUAUUAAGAAAGUAAAGUCACAAGAACAAGAGGAAAAUGUCAAAAAUAAUGAGGCAUAAGUAGAUUCUUCUGAGGAGCUAAUCACAAUCAAGGGUAAAAAGGAACUGCUAGAGAACCUAGUUAUCAGGCCUAAUAUUGUUGGCAAAAAAACUGUAGGUAAUUUGGAAAUUCAUUAGAAUGGAGUAAGAUUUACCUCAUAGAAGGGGCAUAAUGUAGACAUUACUUUCUCAAAUAUCAAGCACGCUUUCUAUUAGCCGUGUGCAGAAGAUGAGCUCAUUGUUAUUAUUCACUUCCAUCUUAAGAAUCCAAUAAUGGUUGGAACCAAAAAAGUAACUGAUGUUCAAUUCUUUAAAGAAGCAGGAGUUGCUGCUGAUGAUCUUGACAUGAAAUCAGCCAGAAAAAGACUCAACGAUAUGGAUGAACUUGAGUAAGAGGAAAGAGAAAGACAACAAAAGAUCAAGCUGAAUGCUAGAUUUGCUGGCUUUGUUAAACUUGUUGAAUAAGUUGCUUCAAAGAAUAGAGCAAAUAUUGAGUUUGAUAUUCCAUUCGAUGAAAUUGAUUUCUACGGUUGCCCAAACAAAUCAGUUGUCAAAGUAAGACCAACUAAGAACUGCCUCAUUGCCAUCAGUGAGUAUCCAUUCUUUGUGAUUGACAUUGAUGAAAUUGAAACUGUCCAUUUUGAAAGACUGCAAUUUGGUAUUAAAAACUUUGAUAUGGCUAUAAUAUUCAAGGAUUUUACAAACUUCAAAAGAAUAAACUCUAUUCCUAUUGAGCAUAUCGAGACCAUUAAAAGUUAUUUAGAUGAGAUCGGUAUUAUAUACUCUGAAAGCAUUAUUCCAAUGAACUGGGCUAAUGUACUGUAAUAAAUAAGAGAGGACUUUGAGGCAUUCUUAGAAGAAGGAGGCUGGAAAUUCCUACAAGAUGAUGAUCAAGAAAGCGAUGAUGAAGAUGAGGAAGAUGAAGAUAAGGAGUUUGUAGUAGAAGAAGAUGAAGUGGAAAGUUUAUCAAGCGAGAGCGACUUCUCAGAUGACGAUGAUGAUGAUGAAAUGUCAAGUUCUGACUUCGAUAGUGAAGAGGAAUUGUCAGAGGAGGGUCUCUCUUGGGAGGAAAUGGAGAAACAGGCUGAAGAGGAGGAUAGAAGAGCUGCUGCCAGAAGAUAGGGAAGAGACGUCCCAGUCUUAACUAGCAAAAGAAGACCAGCUGGAGGUCGCAGAUGA